AUGUCCAACAACAUGUCAAAUCCACCUCCAAUAAUGUUGGAACCAGCACCACCAGAAACGCCGCGAACCAGGUCGGCUCACAAUAAUACAUCGAAUAUUCCACAUGGGUUGAAUCGAUUGUCUACUCCUUUGUUUCCAUUUGGACUUAGCUUUUCACCAACGUUUAAUUUCAACACACCAAAUGGAAUUUCACCGACGAGGUUUUUCACUCCUGCAAAAGCGGCAGACAGCAUUAAGAACAGCACACCACUGGCAAGCAAAGAUCAUUUCAAAUUUCUUGCCUCACUAAAUUCAAUUUCACAAACCGCCGAUGCUGGACAUCAAAAUAGUGAACUUAACUCCGAGGAUAAUCAGGACAAGAAAGAUGAGAAUGAAGAGGAGGAUGACGUGUGGUCAUCGUUAAAUGUAACCCAACAGAAUCAAUCAAAUCUUACGUCAAUACACGAGAGCGACUUAGACAUGGGCAAGUUUAGUCUCGAAGAAGGCGAUUCCAAGAUAUUUCAAACUCCUGCCAUACUUGAACACAAAACUAAACAACCACAAGUAAAGCUGAUCCCAAGUGCUCCCACACAAGCAGCCUCUAAGAGAGACGGAUCAUCGAUUGCUCGCAUCGAAAGUUCAGUCAAGAGAAGAAAGUUAAGCAACAUUGCUGACACACCAAACAACAGAAUAGCUGCUAGAAUAGAUUCUACUAUGGACUCACCAGUAUCUAUGAGGAGAUUAAGCAAUGCACACUCAACGACCUCUUCGUCAGCGAGCGAAGUUUGGAGUCUUGAGUUGGAUGGUGUAUUAAUAAAAUCUUUCCAUAAAUACCACAAAUUCAAACUGAGUGAUGCAGCUAAUGAAUUAUCAAUUCUAAAAAAGACAUCUCAGAAUAAAGUUAUCUCUAGAAUGAUUUUUAAUAGAACUGGAAUCCUAAGAACUUCAAAGCAGAUAUCUUCACGUAUUUUCAGACUAAGUAAGGCAGGAAGAUUGGCAAAAGAGACAAAGACACCACAAACCAAUGCUUCAACGAGUGAACUUGAGGAAUUGAUACGAACCCCGUUAGAAGAAUUAGUUAAUGGUCAACAUCUACCAGAGUCAGCACACACAGAUGCAUUGAUCGAUCAAGAAUUGAAUAUAUUGUUAACUUCAUCUCCCUUGGAUGAAGUUUUUGAUACAAAGACAUCUUAUAAGCUCACGCCAAAAGAUUUUAAAAUGUGUUUUCAUGACCAGAGGCAGACUAUUAUAUUUACCCAGCUUGGAAAGCAGAUAAAUAAUGACAACAAAAAUCUUGAAAAGUUAGACCUAUCAAUCGUUGGCACAUUUAGCCUGCGAAAUACACCUGUGUGGUUACUUAAACAUGACUUGAAUUUGCACGUGAGAAAUUUAGCAACGUCUACACCAUUGUCACAAUCGUGGUCCCCCCAUUUCACCAAUGCGACUAAUCUAAAUCCGUCUGGCUUUGAAUCCAUUAUGACGAUAGAUGUAUAUUGCGAAGGAAAUAAUUUACAACCAAUGCUUGCUUGGUAUAGCUCCCUUGAGGUUUAUAAAAGCGGCAAAAAGUUACUCCUGGUGGUUGAUAUAAUCAAUGGAUACCGUAACGAGGAUUCGAAAUUGUAUACAUUAAAAAUUCCUUUCGUCAAGACAUUUUUUGCAGGGUUCAUCAAUUAUUUAAUUAAUGGUUCCUCAAUAAGCUCAGAUGAAGAUCUCAAGAUUGUGCAACUUAUCUACAACAACGUUGACGAAUCAAAUUCAAAAUUGGACUUGGAGAAAUCCCAUAUUCAUGCAUAUUUGGUUCAUGAUUUCCACAUGUGUGGUACAAAGGGUGAAACUGUGGUUAAAAUUGUGGACCCACAUAGCAUUCAAACGAGCCAUGAAUCCGACGAUAAUGAGACAGUCGUUGCCGGUUCGUCUCCACCUUGUAGACUAUCAAGUACCCCCCCACCAUCAAUGAGAAACAAAGAGACACCAAGCAAACUUAAAAUCGAUAUCAAUAGGGCAAAUCAUAACCAUAGCAUUCUAUCUGGACCAAUGACAGCCCCUGUUUACAACUCUAGUGUUGUGAACAAACUCAAUCGAAACACUUUGGAGGAACUACAAAGGCAGAGCAGGUUCAAGUAUGCCCACGAAGUACCACCUUCGCAACAAAUGAUGGAUCCAUUUGCAACAUACCGCGAGCAGUCACAAAGCACCCUCAAUUCGAGCCCCGAGAUUCAUUCCAACGUCAAUAAUAAUGCCGGGAAUACAGACACAGGAGAUAUGCGACUGAGUUUAGGAGUCCAGCAGUCCAAUGUGAUCAAUAAUAUGUACCAACCACCAGCACAAGGGGGUGCUCAUAUAGGCAAGCCGGCACAGCCACAAGUACAAGCGUCAUAUCCCCAACAGCAAUUUCAAUUUCACCCCCAGCAGAUCCCACAAGUGCCUCUUCAAUUUCUGCAUCCAAGUCUCGGUAACACUUCUGUUCCGUUGAUUGGCAAUCCUCCGAGCGUACCAUUUACAGUUCAUUAUCAAAGUGUACCAACGCAAUCUAUGCUGUCUUUUCAAUCUGUGCAACCACACAACAAUAACUUAGUACUGAAUACAAAUGCAACAAGGUGUCAGCUAAAACAGCACCUACGCCCUCAACCAUCACAAACACACAACGACAAAGAAAACAAGGCGAAAGAAAUUACGUUUGGACCAAUAUUAGGUUAUGAUCCAUCAAAAGAUGCUAAAAUUACGCGAGCACAAAUAAAACCCACCAAUCAAGGAAAGGGAAUUCACACAUUUCCUUUGAAUGAACCUGUCAUGUACAAACCAAAGAAAUAG